AUGAGAAAAUACGAAUCUACUUGCCAUGAGAUUUUGCUUCUCAACAUCAGCACAGCUCGAAGGAGAUGGAGAUUUGCCUUUGCAGCAAUAUAUUCAAUCCGGGCCAUGCUUUCUCUUGCAGUGACCAAAAGAAAUGGCCAUUACAAUUUACUCAACUUUGAGAACUUGCAGGAAGAUUCUUAUGUGGAACAAAUAAUCUGCACCAAAGAUGAUCAGAAAAAGCUGAUUCAAAUGGUGAAGAACAAAGAUAAAGAAGCUUAUCAUGAGCUUGGAGACGCUGCAACAAUUGCAGCUUCUCUUGGAACGAAUCCGGAGAAUGGAAUCAAGGACAAUGGUGAUGUCAUGAAUGAACGGCGUCAAGUAUUCGGUUCUAACACUUACCACAAGCGGCCUCCGAAGAGUUUCUUUCAUUUUGUAGUGGAAGCUUUCAAGGACACCACCAUCCUUAUUUUACUUGUAUGUGCGGCUCUUGCGCUUGGGUUUGGAAUAAAAGAACAUGGAGUUCAAGAAGGAUGGUAUGAAGGAGGGAGCAUAUUUGUUGCUGUUGCAUUGGUAGUUGUUGUGUCUGCAACAAGUAACUUCAGACAGGAGGUUCAAUUCGAGAAGUUGUCAAAAAUAAGUAACAACAUCAGAGUGGAGGUACUAAGAGAUGGAAGGCGCAUACAAGUUUCCAUAUUUGACAUUGUGGUUGGAGAUGUCAUAGUUCUAAAGCUUGGGGACCAAAUUCCAGCUGAUGGGUUGUUCUUGAGUGGCCAUUCUUUGCAGGUGGAUGAGUCAAGCAUGACAGGAGAGAGCGAUCAUGUGGAACUCAAUACAACAGAGAACCCUUUCUUACUGUCUGGAACAAAAGUAGUCGAUGGCUAUGGUCAAAUGCUGGUGACAUCAGUGGGAAUGGACACAGCAUGGGGUGAGAUGAUGAGCUCCAUCUCUCGGGAUUCCGAGGAGCAAACACCAUUGCAAGUUCGUCUUAACAAAUUAACCACUUCUAUAGGAAAGGUAGGCUUGUCAGUUGCUUUGCUGGUCCUUCUUGUCAUGUUAGCACGCUAUUUCACUGGAAACACAAAGGAUGAUUUUGGGAACACAGAGUACAAUGGUCGAAAAACGGACAUAGAUGAUGUGCUCAAUGCAGUUAUUCGUAUAGUUGCUGCUGCAGUAACCAUAGUGGUGGUUGCAAUCCCUGAAGGCCUGCCAUUGGCUGUGACACUAACACUUGCUUACUCUAUGAAGAGAAUGAUGGCAGAUCAGGCAAUGGUGAGGAAACUAUCGGCUUGUGAAACAAUGGGAUCAGCAACUGUGAUUUGCACUGACAAAACAGGUACUUUGACAUUAAACCAAAUGAAAGUAACCAAAUUCUGGCUUGGCCAAGAGUUCAUUGAGGAAGAAAACUCUUCCAAUACCAUAGCAGAGGCUGUUCGUGAGUUGAUAAAUCAAGGAGUUGGCUUGAACACAACUGGUAGUGUCUAUCGAUCUUCACCAGAAUCCAAAACUGAAAUCUCUGGUAGUCCAACUGAGAAAGCGUUUCUAUCUUGGGCGGUUACAGAAUUUGGUAUGGACAUGGAGAAGUUGAAAAAAUCAUAUGCCAUUCUUCAUGUGGAAACCUUCAACUCAGAGAAGAAAAGAAGUGGGGUUUUGGUGAGAAAAUUGGCUGAUAACACAAUCCAUCAGCACUGCAAAGGAGCUGCCGAGAUGAUCCUCUCAAUGUGUUCAAGUUACUUUGAAAGAAAUGGGAAAACAUAUCCCUUGGAUAUUGAGAGUCGAAUAAAACUUGAGAACAUAAUCGAAGGAAUGGCAGCAAGUAGCCUAAGAUGCAUUGCCUUUGCUUAUAGACAAAUUUCAGAAGAUGAGGAAAAAAAUGGCAUACCUAAUGCCUCUAACUCAAAAGAAGAUGGCUAUACAUUAAUGGGAAUAGUUGGCAUUAAAGAUCCAUGUAGGCCAGGGGUGAAGAAAGCCGUGGAAACAUGUAAAUCAGCUGGAGUGUCCAUUAAGAUGAUCACAGGAGACAACAUUUUCACAGCAAAAGCUAUAGCCACAGAGUGUGGAAUACUAGAUUUUGAUCACAACACUGCAAGCAGAGGAGAAGUAAUAGAAGGUUCCGAAUUCCGAAACUACUCAAGUGAAGAGAGACUGCAGAGAGUUGAUCAAAUCAAGGUGAUGGCAAGAUCCACUCCAUUUGACAAACUUUUGAUGGUUCAAUGCUUGAAACAGAAAGGCCAUGUCGUAGCAGUAACUGGAGACGGCACAAAUGAUGCACCGGCUCUAAAAGAAGCUGAUAUAGGACUUUCCAUGGGCAUUGAGGGCACUGAGGUUGCAAAAGAGAGUUCAGACAUUGUUAUCUUGGAUGAUAACUUCACCACAGUAGCUACAGUCUUGAGGUGGGGAAGAUGUGUAUAUAACAACAUCCAAAAAUUCAUCCAAUUUCAAUUGACAGUCAAUGUCGCAGCUCUUACAGUUAACUUUAUAGCAGCAGUAUCAGCCGGAGAAGUUCCCUUAACAGCAGUCCAAUUAUUGUGGGUGAAUCUCAUAAUGGAUACAUUGGGUGCUCUUGCACUUGCUACUGAAAGACCCAAUGAUGAAUUAAUGCACAAGCCUCCCGUGGGAAGAACUGAGCCCCUAAUAACAAAUAUCAUGUGGAGAAACCUAUUAGCACAAGCUUUAUACCAAAUAUCAAUACUCUUAAUUUUCCAGUUCCAAGGAAGCAAUAUCUUCAAUGUAAGUGAAGAGGUAAACGAUACACUAAUCUUCAACACUUUUGUCCUCUGCCAAAUCUUUAACGAGUUCAACUCAAGAAAACUAGAAAAACAGAACGUCUUUGAAGGCAUCCUAAAGAAUCAUUUAUUUCUAGGGAUUGUGGGAGUAACAGUUGUUCUACAAGUUGUUAUGGUAGAAUUCCUAAAGAAAUUUGCAAAUACAGUGAAUCUAAAUGGUUGGCAGUGGGGACUUUGCAUUGUCAUUGCAGCGAUUUCUUGGCCUAUUGGUUGGAUUGUCAAAUUCUUUCCCGUUUCUAAUAAGCCUUUCCUUAGCUACUUCAAAUGUUUUUAAGGGUCAUCAAUUUACUAAACCUUAUUCCUCCUACAACAAAAACUUAAGCAAGUUAGAUCAAACUCUUCCAUUGGCCAAAUCGUUAGCCCAUUCAUUACUACAGUGGUAAUUUACAACUCAUUUUAUCAGCUCCCUGAGGACAAAGUACCCAGCACAGAGAGUUCAAACCAGAUUCUAAGCUAUUGGGGAGAGGUAUCCUUCUUUCAAUACUCAUCAUCAAUGAAAAAAUCCACAACUGAAAUGAGAAUCAACUUUUCAGCCCAACCUUUCCUCUCCCCAACAAAAUACAUACAUACAUAUGUACACAGAGUGAGAGAAAAAAACUGUUCAUAAUGAAAUUAUGGAAUCUAAGCAUGAAAUUAUUGAUGCCCUUCAAACAACAGGGCUUGCCUGAGAAUCUGUAUCAACAUUGCAAGAUGUAACGUAAAUCAGUUGAAUUUGUUCUAGUGAUAGCGCAUUGAAAAUUAUCAUCAAGAAUUAGCUAUAUGUAUGACUUGAUACGAAUUCUUCCUAUAUAAAAACAAAUGUUUUCUUUCUUGUUAA